AUGACUCUGGCCAUCAACCGCCGCAGAUGGGGAGAGGAGAUGAAGAAGCGUGCAGGAGAGACGCGGGUGGUGGUGGUGGAGGAGGAGAGGAUUGAGUUGUCGUCCGAAUUGGCAACAAGACCAGGCAAGAGAGUAAAGCCCUUGCACCUUCUCGGGAAGGCGAGGCCAGGAAUGGGAAGGCGCGGUGAGGCGAUCGAGAGGGUAGGGGAGAUGUGGGUGGGUGUGAGUGUGGGUGCGAAGCGGAGGGAAACGAGGGCGGUCCAGAUGGAAUGGACGAGAGGAAGUGGGAGGAGAGAACAGAGGGGAGACACCGGCAGUGGAGGAGCUGGAGGUAGUGCAAUCCAAUCUACGUCUUCGAGAUGCCCACAGAAGCGGUCCAGAUGGGAAUGGAUGAGAGAAAGUGGGAGAGGACAGAGGAUACCGGCAGUGGAGGAGGUAAUGCAACCCAAUCUAUGGUACGCUACCGCACACUACACAUUUACAAUUCAUGGUAUUGGUUGCUUGCCUCUCUGCUCUCGCUGGAAAGUCUUCGAGAUGCGAGAUGCGAGAUGCGCACAAAAGCACAGCACAGAAGACGACAGAUAUUGA